CUAGACAUAAACAAAAGAGACCGAGAAACCAAGAGGUGUGUCAUCUAAAAACGGAGAGAUUUCGAAAAAAAUCAUAACUGAAAAGAACUUGGAAAAUCAGGCCAGAACAGAUUUUUGCAACGUUAUGGCAUGUGGAAGUGGACAACCGAUUCCGAAAGUGGAAGAAUUACUGAAAAAUGCGACGAAUCAGUUUGAGAGGUUUUAUGGAUACAAGCCAACGUUAGCUGCAUGUGCGCCUGGAAGAGUAAAUCUGAUAGGAGAACACACAGACUAUAAUGAGGGAUUUGUUUUUCCGAUGGCCUUACCUCUGGUUACCUUAUUUGUUGGCAGCAAAACUGAGAAAGGCAUUAUAAAUAUUGUGACCACACAAGAACAUGCAGAUGAGCCAAAGUCUAUAUCAUUCCCUGUGCCCACAAAGGACAACCCACUACAGAGGGGGAAACCUUUAUGGGCAAAUUAUGUCAAAGGAGUUAUAUCCCAUUUUAAAGGAAAUCUCAGUGGAUUUGAUGCCAUAAUCCACAGCUCAGUGCCUCUGGGUGGAGGAGUGUCCAGCUCUGCAGCUCUCCUGGUGUCCACAUACAUUUUCCUUGACCAGCUCUCCCCCUCCACAAACCACAUGGACCAAAAAGCCAAAGCCUUAGCCUGUCAGAAGGCAGAGAAUGACUUUGCAGGCCUUCCAUGUGGAAUCAUGGAUCAGUUUGUGUCUAUGAUGGCCAAGGAAGGGCAUGCUUUGUUGAUAGAUUGUAGACAUUUGGAAUCAAAGUUGGUUCCGCUAAAAGAUUCCAACCUGACGGUUUUGGUGACUAAUUCGAAUGUUCGCCAUGAGCUGACAGGCAGCGAGUACUCCACAAGGAAAACUCAGUGUGGAGUAGCAGCUGAGAAGAUGGGCAAGAAGAGUCUCAGGGAUGCCACCAUGGAAGAUCUUGAAGCUGCAAAGAACGAGCUUGACAAAGUGGUCUUCCGUAGAGCCAGACACGUGAUCCAAGAGAACCUCAGAACUGAAGAGGGCGCCCAGGCAUUGGAGAAUGGAGACUUUGUUUUGUUCGGCAAGCUAAUGGUUGAAAGUCACAUUUCUCUGAGAGAUGAUUAUGAGGUCUCAUGUCCAGAACUCGACCAGCUGGUUGAAGCAGCCUUGGAAGUGGACGGUGUGUAUGGUUCCCGGAUGACCGGGGGUGGGUUUGGAGGCUGCACAGUGACCUUGGUCAAGUCUGAUGCAGCAGAGAAAACAAUGCAGAAUAUAAAGAGCAAAUACAAGGGGGAGCCGACAUUCUACCUGUGCAAGCCUUCAUCUGGUGCCAGGGAUUUGCAGCUGUAGAACAGAAAUUUACUGUGGACUUACAACUCAACUGAAGUCUUAUACAGAUUGAUCACAUAUUAGUGAAGAAGAGGUCAGGGCUCUUUCGUAGACAAAUGCAACUGUGAAAUGGUGCAUCUCUCAUAAGGUGCAUUUGUUUUUAUCUACAAUUUACUUUACAUUCUUUGUACAUUUUUUUUUUUAAUCAAGACUUAAUUCCUGAUCUUAAAGCAAGUAUGUAACAAGCCAGAAUUUGGUGAUUUGGAUUCUAGGACAAUUGAGAGUUAUGGGGUUAUUGCCCAUAUACCGGUGAAUAGCAGUUUUACUUAUUUAGGGGUCCAUUAUAAGAAUAUAUGCAGAGGAAUCUCUGGUUUCAGAAUUUUUGGAAAACACACCUCAGUAACGGUAUUCAGUCAGGAGAGUUGUGAUGUAUUGUAGCAAUAAUAAUUCUUUAAAAAUCUCAGAGCAUUUUGAAGCAAUAUAAUAAUGCAGGGUAUUACAAGAGCUUAUCAUGGGGCCUGAAAUUUUUAUCUAUGCUGGGCACAUUUCUUUUUUCAUAAUCUCAUAUCUUGACUGAUUAAAUGAUAAUUUAAAAAAUCUCAUGUUGUAUUAUAAGUUUAAUAUGCACUUAAAAUCUCUAUUUUUUGUUUUAUUAAUAGUAUGUCACUAAGUUUAUUAUAUUUAAGCACUGAACCACAUGCAUUUAGACAAUUAAAACAAUUAUACACAAUAUUAUUCAAGAGAAUUUUAACAAAUAAAUAUUUUUUUGUUUUGUUAUGGAUAUGGGAUUUGUGUUAAGUCUACAAGUGUUCUGCCUAUACUACUUAUUUGUAACUACUGUAAUAUUCGUUUUCAAGUGUAGAUACUUAAUAAUAUAUCCGUUAUAUUUUUGUUUAAUAUACUACAAAGAAUUAGAGGACCAGUACUUUUGUAUAAAAGUAUGGAGAUGAUGUGCUUUUUUUUUCUUUUUUUUUUUACUUUUCUUUGUACAUUUUGUUUGUUUCUACAUUGGCACAGUUCUGUUGUUUGUACAUUCGUAGUUGUGGGUGAAGGUGCCUUCAAGUAGUAGUUUCUAUUCUGAUACUUUUUGUGGAAGUGUUAUCCAUUAUCAUAGAUGUGAUAAAAAUGACAUUUAUGCAAUGUGACAUAUGUCACUGCCCUAUAUUUAACAGAAUAAAAGGGACAGUUCAGAUGAU